CAGUUGCUCCGUUUGUGUUCACCUCGAACGCCUGCCGACUUGUGGCCGUCUUUUGACACUUCAGUCUACUACCACUACCCCGCAGAGACGGACUGCUGCCACUCAAGGGGAGAUGAAGCCGGAUGGGGUCGCCACAGUGGCACUGGAGCCAAUGGAAACACCGGAAUCCAAUCCUGGAAAUGAGGGAGCAUCGGCUGUAGGGCAGGAGCAGACUGCCAGUCCAGCUGAGGAGGAGAUGCCACAGCAGCCUGUAGCAGAGUCAGGCCAGGGGGGACUCCAGUCACAGCAGGCCAAGGAACCCCCAGCUGCCAAAACCAACCACAAGACUUUAGGAGACAAAUCCAAGACAACCAAUAAGGCCACAGCCAAGCCCAAACCAAGCCCCGGCAGUACCACCAAGACCACACCCGGCUCGCGUUCCAACACAACCCCGAGCCGGCUCUCAAACGGAGUGUCCAAGCCUCAGAGCAACGGGCUGGCUAAGAAGGGUACACCUGCUCCAGAGAAGAAGAGCACCCCGACCCCGGCCAAAAAACCACCAGCUCCCAUCAGCAAAGAGGGCGAGAAGAAGGCCACCGGAGCUGCGACAGCCAGCAACGGUGCAAAGCCUCCGAGCACAACAACAGCCGCCAAGAAGACCCCCUCUGCUACCGGCGUCAAAACCAGCAGCACCGCAGCUGCAGCCAGAAAGCCCCCAGCUCCCAGACCAGCCUCUGCCACUCCCACCAAGCCAGGAUCCGCAGCCUCACCCAAGCCAGAUAAACCUGCGGCUUCCAAGACAGCCAGCAGGCCUACAACCGGCCUGACGGCGUCUCCUCGUCCCCCUACGGGCUCAGCCCGACCACCUACUGCAACCAAAAGCUCCCCAGCUGGACCUAAAGCUGCCACCACUAAAGCCUCCUCGGCCGGCACCAAGCCCGCCGCCUCCAAAGCCUCCUCCACUACCCCCUCUAGUGGCAAAGCUCCAGCAUCACAAGCGUCCAGAAACUCAACCCCUGUGAAGAAAGAUGUCACCAAACCAGGCGCCAAAAAGCCGUCAGAGUCUCCCCUCACUCGGCCUCCGUCUACAACAAAGUCUGCGAAGCCUGAGACGCCCAAAUCUACUUCAAACGCUGCAGCCAAAAAGCCUCCUGCUAAUAAAGCCGCAGACACAAAGACCCCCAUCCGCUCCAAAGCACCGGACACUAAGGCCGCUCCUUCCAAGGCUCCGGCAUCCAAAACAGCCCCAGCCAAGAAAACCGUUGGCAGCAGCACCCCCACUCCCGUCAAGCGGGCCCCCAAGACUGCAGCAGAACCUGUAAAAGACAUCGCUGCCACCGUCGCAGCUGCCGCCGCCAUCGCUACUGCUGCCACUGUCAUCGCUGGGCUGGAGGAACCAGAACCUGCUGCAGCAGCACCACAGGCAGUCUCAGAGCCCACACCAGAAUCAGUGCCUGUACCAGCUAUACAGUUGGUGCAGACUCCUGAACCCGUACGAGGAUUCACACCUGAACCCGUUUAUAAACCCACUCCAGAAUCCGUUAGAGAGCCCACGCCUGAACCCGUUUGUGAACCCACUCCAGAACCGGUAAGGGAGCCCACGCCUGAACCCAUGCAAAGACUGACCCCGCAACCUGUAAGAGAGACCACACCUGAACCUGUUCGUGAGCCCACUCCAGAACCUGUAAGAGGAUUCACACCUGAACCCAUUCGUGAACCCACUCCAGAACCCGUAAGAGAGCCCACGCCUGAACCCGUUCGUGAACCCACUCCAGAACCCGUAAGAGAGCCCACGCCUGAACCCAUGCAAAGACUGACCCCGGAACCUGUAAGAGAGACCACACCUGAACCCAGGCAAAACUUGACCCCAGAACCUGAUCAUGAACUAAGUCCUGACCAUCUGAAGCAAACCUCUCCAGAACUCCCUGCAGAAUCAGUGGAAGCAGACCUGUUCUCCAGUGUUCCCCUGUCAGCCCAGCUAGAACUGUUUAAAUUGGACGAGUCUGCUAAAGAUUUGGUUUCUCCUUUGGGGACUACUGUCAUGUCUCCUCCUUGUUCUCCGCCCUGCCCAGUUUCUCCUGUCAGAGAGCCACAGAGUGACAGAGAUACAGAGAUGAAGCCUGAUCCGUGGGACCAGAACCAGCUCCUGGCCACUUCCCAGCACACUGAUCAUUUCCUGAUGAAGGAGAAUAAGGAACACUUUGAGGCACAGGAGACAGGGGAGGAAGAGGAUGAGGAAGAGAACCUGUUUUCCUCCUCAGCUCCAUCUGCUGCAGCCCAUAACCUAAUGGCUCAGCCUGACUUGUUGGGAGGUUCUCUGAUAGACAAGUUCACCCCCAGGGACCUUUUGUCCCCUCAAGAGGAGGCAGUGGAAAAGGCUGAUGAGGAGAUCAAUGAGGAUGACGACGAUGAUGAUGAUGAUGAUGAUGAUGAUGAUGAUGAUGAUGAUGAUGAUGGAGAUGAGGAUGAUGAGGAGGAGCAGAGGAGAUUGGGCCAUCAGCCCUCAUCCAUCAUCACUGACAUGAGCAUGUCUCAGCCCUCUGAGGAGUUCCAGGUGCGGUCCUCUGGGUUCGGGGGCUCAGCGGGUUGGCCUGGGGACGACCUACUCUCUGGAAUGGACUCUGAGGAUGUGAGCAGCUGCACGAGCAGUCGGCAGCAGGGGGUCUCGGACCUCAGCAGCACCCAGCACACCGCCAUCCUAGAGGGGACUCAGAGCUCAGACGCCCUGAUCGACUCCAGCCUCCGUGGCUCUGAGGGAGACGGGAACCUCAUGGGUUCUCCUAAUGUAGAAACCCUGGCCAAUGAGGAUGAGGAGGAGGAAGAGGAGCGGGUGGACGAUAUGGACCUGAGCUCAGAGAGGGUGGAAGAGCAUCACAUGACGUUCCAGCAGCAGAAACACGAAGAGGAGGAGGAUGAAGAUGUGGAGAUGCACAGUGAAGGAGUGAAUGUGGAUGAAGAUGAUUUCAACGAGGACGAGCGUCUAGACGACCUCAGUGGCUCUGUGCCUCCAGCACCUGCGUCCUCCUGGGGUCAGACCAACCCCUUCUGUGACACCUGGGCUCAGCCAGCCUCCCCUAGUCCGGUGUGUGACCACGGCGCAGCCGAGUCUGAAACCCCGACCCAGUCCCCCGCCCAGCCCUGCCUGGACAGCACUGCCCCCUCUUUUACUCUCCAGUCACAGCAGGAGUUCCACACUUCAGCCCCUGAGGAGGUAAACAUCCUGCUCCCUCCUCCAGCCGUCGGCGUGUCCCAGACCAGCACGGCUCUGGCCGCCCGCAGCAGCAGCGAGACCAGCACGCCCGAGGAGCUCCGUGAUUACGACAGCAGCUCUGGGGUGGAGUCCCGCUCUGAGAAGCAGCACACCCCGGUGCCAGCGUCGGUCCAAGCGGACGUGGAUCAGGACCUUGGGAUCCACCUGGAGAAAGGGGACGGAGAAGAGGAAGAGGCUGAGACGCUCCCUGCUGACGAGAUCCUGGGAACCGGACCCCCAACGGCUCCAGCCUCCGCCCCGUCCUCCCCCUCCACCUCCGGGGACGAGGCCAGCGACACAGAGGGUGAGAUGCAGAUAAACGACCCGGAUGCGCCGAUGCCGAUGGAUAAGACGGCUGGAUUUGAAAGUCCUCCUUCCGGCUGUAACAUGCCCGCGUUAGAGGAGGACGAGGAGGCGGCGGACGCCCAGGGUGGAGAGGGAGAGGAGGACGGAGGUGGGGUCACUCCUCAGUCCGCUAACUCUGUGGCUUCUUACGGCUUCGACUGCACCACCUCCAACUCCAACGCCCACUCCAUGGCCGAGAGCUGCGGAAAGAGCCCCGGGAUCUUCUCCCUGGAGAACGAGGAGCAGUUGCCGGAGGAGGCCAAGGAUCCGUCUCUCAUCAAGGAGCUGACUGUGCCGCCAGCUGCUGCCGCUGCCCAGGCUGAGGAGCGGCUGGGGCUGCCUGUGGACCUGAUGCCUCUGGGCCACCCCGCAGACGUCUACCCCAGUCUGGAGGAGCGCCACUGCAUGCUGCCGGCGGAGGAGGUGGGUGCGUUGGGGGCCGAGGAGUCUGCGGACGCCAGCCAGCCGCCUUACUACUCCACCAUGCGUGAUAAGACUGAUAGUUUUCUGGCAGGAGAGUUGAAGAACAAAGCGGAUGAAGGACUCAAGCUGCAAACACGCUCGCAGGAAGACAACCAGAACCAGAACCACACAGUUCCUAUAGCCAAUGGCCACUACUUGGCCAUGGUGCCAGGCAAUAGGAGGCCCAUCGACCCGAACCUUGCGGCACAUUUUGCCAACAUCGCUCCCCCUCCACCUCUGCUGGACGGUCGGCCCGGUGGAGAGCAGCUGAGGAGGCUGGAGCAGCACCAGGAGAACCUGCUGGAGAUGCAGCACCGCCAGGAGCAGGAGCGGCAGAAGAGGCAGUGGCUGGAGGAGGAGCGGCUGAGGCUGGAGCAGCAGAAGCAGCUGGAGAGGCAGCGCAGGGAGCUCCUCCAGCUGCAGCUGCAGCAGCAGCAGCAGGAGCACCGGCACCGCAGGCAGGUUCUGCAGUGGCAGCUGGAGCUGGAGCAGCAGUACCGGAUGCAGCAGAAGCAGAUCCAGCAGCAGCAGCAGCUGAGGAGGAGCCCAACAGGGGUCAUGCUCUCCCCAUCCUCAGGGCUCUGCACCAUCUACGAGGCCAUGGAGACCAGCGACGAGGAGGACGAGGCCCGGGGGGAGCAGAACCGGAACGUGCAGGUGGUGGGGAGGAGGCUGGUGUCGGCCCAGAGGCAGCUGCACCCGGUGCCAACGCAGGAGCUGGCGUGGAACAAGAAGGUGGACAUGGUGCAGCAGCUCAUCAACCAGACCCUGAUGCUGUCUGGAGACGGGCGCUGCCCCCCCCUGCUCCUCCUCCCCGUCGGGUCGGGCGGCACCCUCAGCCCCCUGGAGAGCAGCACGUGGCCCCAUCUUCUGCCACAGUUCAGGCCUCCUGACGCCACGGUCACCUCCGUCAGCAGCUUCUCCCCCGACGGCCGGGGCGGCGCCCCGCCCGGAGACUGGACCGUGGUGGAGGUGGAGACCCAGCACUGAGCGGCACCUCCACCUACGGGUGGACAGGCUAAGCCAACACUCUAAAUGUCCCAUCACGCUGUUCCUUUAACAUUCUGCAGAUCUGUGUCUGUAUUUAGCCUGUAAAUUAUUAAACGUCGCGUUGUGUCUGAACCUGCACAAACUGCAACAACAGAUAAUAUCAUGAUCAUGAACAGAACCCAGGAAGGCCCUGCUCCGUCCAGAACCUGGUGCUCUGAGGUGGACCGGUCCCGGGUCCUUCUUCAUCUGCUCCCCUGUGUUAGUAAAGGUAAGUGUUUGAUCAGGCGAUAGAGGAGCCACACAGUGACACAGCCAUCAGAACGGUCAUGUCCUGGGUACAGCAACACUAUUUACUUCACUAGUGACUUCUGUCGCCUGCUCUGUCUGGUUACUGACAGCAUCCUACGUCAGUCACUGUGAUGUGUAACAUGUGUGGUGAGACGUUGCCACCUGUUGGCUGCAUGAAAACUCCUCACUGUCAGUAUUUAUGUAGACAAUACAUGUUGUCAUCUGUUCCUUUAGAUUUGUGUACUGAUGAAAUGAACAUGUGUUAACCCUAUGCGUCCUAAAUGCACAUAUUUAUGAUAUUUGAAGCAGCACAUACAGAAUCUACUUUUCUAAAUCAUUUCUACAAAGUUAGUCAGCACCUACAGUAUAUGAGCCAGUACUAAUGCAUGAGAGGAGCUGUAGGUGUUUCAGUGUUGUUCUGGUCCCAUCAUAGGAAUAUUGUGAUAUAUGUGAGUCUGCAGUUGAUACAACAAAAAUAUUACUCAGUCAUAAGUGUUUAUAUUUGAUAUGUCUUUGUUAUCUUUUGUAUUGUGGAAAUGUUGUUGUUGUUGUUGUUGUUGUGCAAGUUGCCAAAUUGUCUGAAUAUCAAAUAAAGUGGCUUGAAACCUG